GGACCUUCAUCAGCAAUUGACACAAAGCAACAGAAUUUAUAACGUGCGCACAAAGCCGCAAAAGAAAACAAGAGCAUAUUCCUCUCCGUCUCCGGCCACACUCGCACUUCUUUCACUCUUUCCCUUUUACUUCAGCUUGUCGGUGAAUUUUUCUCUUCAGGGUAAAACCCAUAACCCAGUUUCCAUUCAAUCGAAUUUUUUAUUUAAAUAUUUGCUUGAAAAACUGUUAUAUGCAAUUCAAUUCCAUCUACAUUUCGCUCUCUCUAUUUUUUGGAGAGCUUUAAUUCUUCCAUUGCUGAAUUUGGUUCCUCACAGAAUCGUUUGGUUGCUGCUACUGCUGCACAGGUGGCUGCGUGGUUUUAGUCUUUGAGAGAGAGAGACAGAGAGAGCGAGAGAAAGAUGAAGACUAUCUACUUGACAAUCUAAAGCAACCAUGCAUUAGUCCUUGUCCUUGACAUGGUUAAGAUUGCACUCAAGGAAGUGAGAUUUUCCUGAAGAUUAUUAAUGGUUUGAGUUUGCGGCAAUUACAUUUCCUGAAGUGUAAAAGCUCGUGUUGGCAUAUUAUCCUGAAGGCAUGGAUGGGGACUCCUUUUGGGUGGAAGAAUUCACUGAUCAGUUACCCUUUUCUUUAAAAAGGAAGAGAAAUGUCAGAAUCAAGAAACUAGAGUUUGUUGGAUGGGGAUCCAAACCGUUGAUUGAAUUCCUUGAAUCAAUUGGUAAAGAUACAAGCAGAACAUAUUCUCAACAAGAGGUGACGGCUAUUGUCACUGAAUAUGUAAAUUCGAAUAAUCUUCUUAAUCCGCAAAAGAAAAAGAGGGUUAUGUGUGAUGUGCGUCUUCAUACCCUUUUCGGAAAGAAAUCUAUACCGCGGAUAAAAAUCUAUGACUUGUUGGAAGUGCACUUCAGUGAGAACCAUGAUGAAUCAGAGGAUGAAUCUCCUGACAAUCUGGAAGAGGAGGAUAUUUUGAUAGCAUCUAAGGGAAGAAAAAGUACAGUGAGUCCAAAGAAAAAGGCUCCUGUUGUUUCUAAAAGCUGUUUUGCAUCUGUUAUUGCUGAAAACAUUAAGCUUGUGUUCUUGAAGAGGAGCUUAGUUCGGGAUCUUAUGAAGACCCCUGAAAGUUACGGAGAUAAAAUUGUGGGUUGCUUUGUGAGGGUAAAAUCUGACCCAAAUGACUACUUCCAGAAAAACUCCCACCAGCUUCAGCAAGUUGAAGGUGUAAGAAAUUUUUCAGCAACCAGCGAUGCUGCUUUUGAAGUUCACCUUCAACUUUCAAAUCUGAUGAAGGACAUUCCCAUAUCUUCCUUAUCUGAUGAUGAUUUUUCUGAGGAGGAAUGUGAGGAGUUGCAUGAAAGAAUUAAAGCUGGUUUGCUCAAGAAGCCUACUGUUCUGGAGCUUGAGUCAAAAGCCCAAGUUCUGCACAAGGAUAUCACCAAGCAUUGGAUUGAGAGAGAAAUUGUGUUGUUACAAAAGCGCAUUGAUCAUGCCAAUGAGAAGGGAUGGCGCAAACAACUGUUUGAGUUUCUGGAGAAGAAGCAGCUGUUACAGACAAAAAAGGAACAGGAUAGACUCUUUUCCGUGAUGCCAAAAGUUGUAGCCGAGGAAUUAGAGCCUGAAGUUAAAACGGUUGACGCCCUAGAAGAAAAUGCAGUGGAACAAGAAAGAGAAAAUAGCCAUUCACCAAAGUCAACUCCUAAUGGAGCUACAGACUAUUCUGGUGCAGGAGAUACCGUGAUCCUAUCCAACAGGGUUUUUGUAAGUGGAGAUGCACCCGUUGUUGAUGGAAAUGAUCAAUAUGCAGACAUGACUCAAGAACAAAUGGAUACUACGGCUCCUGUAAGAGCUGAAAGAAGCGGAGAAAUGCAGGUGGUGGCCUCUGGAGGAGACAAUGUCACUCAAGAAGUACAGGUCCAGGUUACUCAAACUGAGGUAAUUGAAUUGAGCGAUGAUGAUCCAGAUGUUGAGGACCAAAAAGAUGGAAAACAGGCUACUUAUAUGAACCCUGAAGUCCCAAUUUGGCACUAUCUGGAUCCUCGGGGAAACAUACAGGGUCCUUUUCCUUUGACGUUGUUGAAACGCUGGAGUGAUGCUUACUACUUCGAGCCAAGCUUCCGAGUAUGGAUGGUUGGCCAAAGACUAGAAGAAGCUGUCUUGUUGAUUGAUGUGCUUCGCCAUUUUUUCCCCGUCAGAUGAAAGCACCACAUUCAGUGUUCUAUAAGAAAGUUGUAUCAAAGUUGUCAAUCUUGGUUGCUGAGUUAAAAAAAGAAAAGAAAAAGGUUCUUUUACUUCUUAAAUGUCUUUAUUCUAUGAUCAUUGAUCAUUCUGAAGAUACAUCUUUCUCAUGAAAAUGGAUCCUUGCAGCCAUUGCUGCAUUUCAUGUUUCAGAGUUUUGUUUCCAGUCAUUUUUACUUUGUUAUUAGGUAACCUUUCAGAGUUAGCAGAAGACGAGGCUUUGUAAUGAAGUGAUGAACAAAAAGAACCUUUUGUUACCAAUCAA